GACCCUCUCAGCAUUCAAGACCAGAGUGUGAGGGGAUCCGGCUAUUGUAAGUUUCUCUGUGUGUUGUCUCCAGAGAGGGAGAGAGACAGAGAGAAAGAGAGAGCAGUGGCAGCAGCAGCAGCAGCCUUCUCUUCAACUCGAGCCAUUUUCUCCGGCUUGAAAUUAGAGGUGUUUUUAAACUUAUGAAAACAUUUUUUAUCCACAGCUGCCUUUGAGCUCAGCAGAGCUAAUCCCACCACUUCAACUCUUCUAUCUGUUCCUUCCCCUGUUGCUGCCUGAUCUGCUUUUCCCGUGGAACUUAACAGGAUCAGAAGAAGGUUGCACAGCGUUCAUCGAGUGGUGGAGCGGGCACAGUCAUCAUGGCCUUGUCCCAGGAGCGGAGUGCGUGUCUGGGCCUCUGGGUUCUCCUUUUGCUUGGUGCAGGCAUGGAGGAGGUUGUGGAGGGAUGUAGCUGCCACCCAGCACACCCACAGCAGCUAUUCUGCAGCGCUGAGAUUGUGAUAAGAGCAAAGAUCUCCGGAGAGAAGAUUGUGUCGCCUAGCAACAGCUCCUCACCUUACAUGAAGAUGAUCCAGUAUGAAAUCAAAAUGAUCAAGAUGUUUAAGGGUUUCAACAAGGCCAAGGACAUUCAGUACGUGUACACCCCAGUCUUCUCCUCUCUGUGUGGAGUCAAACUGGACUCCAACAAUAAAGCAGGCUAUUUGCUUUCAGGAAGUAUGUGGAGUGAUGGGAGAAUUUCCAUUGGUCAGUGCGACCUCGUAGAGUCUUGGGACAACUUAUCCUUGUCACAGAAGAAGAAUCUCAACUACAGAUACCAGAUGGGCUGUGAAUGCAGAGUGAAUCAACACCUGCUACACAGUGCCGUGUGCAUCAACAGGAGAACACGAGUGCUUGUGGACGGACUGGCUGCUGGAUAACAGCCUAAAUGGAGAGCAGGCUCGGCAGUAUGCGUGUAUCCGUCGCUCUGACACGACCUGUGGCUGGUACCGGGGUGGACCCCCACCCGAGAAAGACUUCCUGGACCUGGCUGACCCUUGACCUGUAGUUCUGACGUUCAGUAUACUCCAUUUAACUCCUGCAAAGUCCUGAGAAACAUUUCCUGCUUUUGCUUAUUUAGCUCAAAUUUGACAUGCAAGUUAUUUUGUUAAAAAUAAAUGUGGCUGAAUUAUUUUUUCAUAUAAAAGGGAGUUUAGCAGAGUUCAGGAAAAUUGUUGUAAACGGCAUGGGCUUUUAGAAAUUCCUCUGUCAUUUUCUCUCACACAAAAUAAGAUCAGCAGCAGAGCAUCCACUGCAAAUGAUUCACACCAUAGUGAAUCUUUCCUUUAUUUCUGAUGGCCUGAAGGUAAAUUAAUCACCUUGGCAAACACUAACGACUUCAUUUUUGUUGAUGUAUACAUUUCAAAAGGCUUGCAUUUACUGAAAGUAUGAGGAAGUUGGACAUUUACUGUAAAACAAUAGGAGGAAAAUAACAGAAAUAAUCUGCCAACUUCUGCCACAAUCCUGCAAAGUUUACUUCACACACUGCAAUCAAACAUUACCAAUUGUUUGCAGGCUGACUGCAGCACUGCCACACAUCCCACACAUUCUGAUGUUGAAUUUCUCCUUUAUAUAUUAUCAAAAAAUAGUCCCAUGCAUAUGAAAAAGCACUGUAUAUACGUAUAUAAAGCAAAGCAACACCAGGCAUUCUCCAAUUAAUAGUAAUUUGAUAAGAUUUGACACAUUAUAUGUGACUAUAAUUCUUGUACAUCUAAAUCAUCGCAGUUUAUAAUCUCAAACGGCUGAGAAUGUAAAUAUUGUACUUGAGUAAGAAAUAACAUUUGAAAGGCUAACCCGUUCUUGUUUUAUAGCGUAUAAGUUGUUAUCUUGAGGUUUGUGUGUUUAGUUUCCUUGGUUGUACUAUUUCCUUUGCCAAAAAAAUCGAAUCCAGCAAUUUAACAACAGCACUGCCACCUGUAGAGGCCAAGCCCCCGCUCCUUAGAGGAAAAGAGGUAACAGGACACGGUUCAAUUCAAUGUCUUUGAACUACUUAUAAACAGGAAGUGGAUUCUCCUCAAUGUACAAGUCCAAGAAAAGAUAAAGAUUAACCAACAAAAAAGAGAAAUAACUGAUAUGAAUAAGGUAUAAUUAGUGGUUUGAUUGUUGUUUAAUAGGCAUUAUUUGAUAUGAUGUCUCAACAUUUAUUAAAAUGCCCAAAUCUGAAUUGACCCCUGUCUUGUUACUGGAUUACUUCACUAAAGUGAUACAGAUUGAAAUGCAAUACUGCUUACUUAGUGAUGCAUGAGCCGCUAUUCAAAAGUCAUGCAAGCCCCACAUUCAACAAUAACAUACUUAAAUGUAACCUGCAAAAUAUAGUGCAGUGAAAUCAAACUAUUUGGAAAUAGCUCAAUAAUUAAAUGAAGGCUUUUAUGACAUGACAUGAUAAUAAUGCAUAAUAACUAUAUAGCUUUAGUGAAGCGCUAUCAAACAAUUUCACGUUUGUUUUAUACUGAAAAAAAUGGUUUGGGUUUGUAUUUAUGUCUCUGUUUCUGUCUAUAGAGUUUUCUAUUUCCAUGUACCAAAAAAGAUUGUAUAUAAAAUGUCUCAAUGUAA